CUAUAUUCUCCUCCUUCAGAGCCAGAAGAACGGAAAGCUUUGUAAACCCUAGCUAAAAACCAUCAACUGAAUCUGCAGGAGAUGAAGUAGAGAUUACUCAAAUCAUUCAGAGGUCUGGGGAAAAGAGAAUCAAUGAGAUUGAUUUUUCAGGUGAAUAAAAGUUGCAAUUUUUAGUUGUUUGAGAUUAAGAAGAAGAUGAUAAAAUUAGAUUCACAGCUUCCAGAAGUAACUACGGUACUAGGCAUUCCAGUGAAUAGAAAGAUUCGACCCUAUUGUUGAAGUGGAGAAUCAUUUUUAUGACAUUACGAAGGAAGUGAAGGACACGUGUAAGUUCUUCAGGGUAGAUUUAAUCGUAUCUUUUUUUUCUGAAUAGAUGGAAGAAACUCCGAUGGAGGUUGAGACUAGUGGAGACAUUGAAUUAUUUGAUCCACGAAAAGAAUAUUGUGCAACUAGUGUGCAGAAUUGGGGUGAAGAGGAAGAUGUGGUGGUGAAUCCCGAGCAUGAAAAACGUGUAUCGGAGGUUUUAAAAAUUGACAUGGCGGAUCAGUUUGUAACUGAUCAGGUGUUUAAUUCUCGUGAUGAAAUGAUUGUGUGGUGUCAAGAUGUUGGGAGACAAAAUCAUAUGAUAGUUGUGAUUGCAAAGUCUGAGAAACCAGUACCAGGAAGAAAGACAAGGAUUACAUUGGGUUGCGAGAGGGGUGGGGUGUUCCGUCACCAUACAAAGAAAGACCAGGCUUUGCUUGAAUUUCCAGGGAGGACCUUAGCGCCAACGGUGAGGGAAAGAAAACGCACUGGGACAAAGAAGUGUGGUUGUCCAUUCACCCUUAAAGGAGUCUGGCAACCAGAUGAUAAAUGGAAGGUUAAGGUAGAAUGUGGAGAACACAACCAUGCGUUAGAAAGCACCGUAGUUGGUCACUCGUUCGCUGGUCGAUUGAGGGACGACGAGAAGCAAGUGCUGAAAGAUAUGAUAAGAAGUGGCCUUAAGCCAAAAGAAGUACUUACCACACUUAAGAAAAGGAGCAGAGGUACUAACAAGUCUACCAUGAGAACCAUCUAUAACGCAAGAGCGCAUUUGAGAAUGACCGAGAUGGAGGGGAGGUCGGAAAUGCAGCAGGUUAUGAAGCUUCUGGAGGAGUAUCACUAUGUGGAAUGGCACAUUAAGGACGAGGAAACUGAUGAGGUGCAAGACGUAAUUUGGAGCCACCCAGAUUCUAUACAGUUGGCAAAGAGUUUUCCUUCAGUAUUGAUGAUCAAUUCCACGUACAGGACGAGUCGGUACCAUAUGCCUCUUUCCGAGAUCAUAGGGGUCAUGUCAACUGGUAAGACAUUUACUGUUGCUUUUCUGUUUAUGAAAGCCGAAAUAGAAGAGCGCUACACAUGGGCUUUGAGCCAGUUGAAGACGAUUUAUGAACCCAAUGCACUGCCUUCUGUAUUUGUGACAAGUGGUGUUAGUGCUCUGGUUAGUGCAAUCAAAACCGUAUUCCCAAAAGCAGAUCACAUUCUUUGCACCUUCCAGAUUUCAAAGACCAUAAUGAUUAGCUGCAAACACGAGUUCCACAACAACGAAUACUCUGACAGUUUCCUGAAGGAUUGGGAAUACCUGAUGCAGUCUGAGACUCCUGUUGCUUUUGAUGAAGGAUUUGCAUCAUUUGAGAGUAAAUGGAUCAACUACCCCACAUGUGUUCAGUACCUGCGGGACAAUUGGUUGGAUCUGAAGGAGCACUUUGUCUCAGCUUGGACGAAUAAGGUAAAGCAUUAUGGUUACACAACCACAAAAACUAUCGAGGGUGCACAGGAGAAAACAAGUAGAAUGAUUGGAUCGUCACAAGGAACUUUUGUCUCAUGCUGGACAGAAAUCCACAGCUCGAUCACCAAUGAGAUUACAACUGUGAAGGAAUCCUUGGUAGAUAGCUUAAUGUCAGUGAAGCCAUCACAUAAUUUACCAAUCUUGAAGGAUUUGAAGAAUACUGUUUCUCAUCUAGCACUAGAUAUGCUAGUAGCAGAGCGUUCUCGAGGUCAGUCCAUUGACAUCAGUGGUUCAUCUUGUGAGUGUUCCAUACGGUUUACUCAUGGAUUACCUUGUGCACAUGAGAUACAACAAUUUGAGCACGAGGGUCGACCCAUUGCGUUAUCUGAUAUUGACCCACACUGGAGAAAACUUGUAGCUGUGCCUGCUCCAAUCAUGCCUCGCAAUCCAGAUAACCUUCCGGAGUUUGAUUUAUUUAAACAGAAGUGGGAAAUAUCAUCAGAGACAGUACGCCUUACAAUGUUGAAAAAGCUGAAAGAGAUAGUUACACCCCCAACAACACUGCCUGUGCUUCAAUCCCCUUCAGCAAAUGAUUCAUUCACUACCUGAUACAACCAUCAAAUACCUACUCUGUGAUUAUACUGCAGAUACUGUAUGCAUUGUGAAUUUUAUGGCAUCAUUGUCAGAAAUGCUUUUAACAAGGAUUUUAUUGUUACUGAGAGUAACAAAUGGAUUUCUUGACUGUACGGGCAUGCUGGAGUUUUAAUAUUGUAUAGGAUGUGAUGCUUUUUUUUUACCUAGGUUUGCCAGACUUCUUUGCUCUAAGCCUGUCUGUCUUUUUAUUUUGUCAUAAGUUCCUAAUUUUGUUCUCAUGUCCUUGAAGAGCUGUAUGCUGCGACUUAAAUUCAUGUCUAAAUAGAUAACUUGGUAUUUAUAUUGUAUAAAAGACAGAUCAGAUGGUGUCUUGACAGGAAAAUCUUGUUACUGAAUGAGCAGGUAAGCAUAACUUAAUUGUGCUGGCAACUUUUGUUUCGUUUCUUUAACAGCAUGUAGGUGGUAAGAGAUCAGUUCUUUUAUGUGGAUUAUUGCGGAGAAGUAAAUAAUUGUGUAGAGCUAGAUCUGAGACUUUCAGUUCUUGGAUCCUGAAAGUGGAUCUAACUGUGUAAUAAUGUCUAACAUGUGGUGGGUUGGAAUGGAGUGAGGUUGCCAUCAUUACAGGGCAUACGAGCUGAGAGUGUCUCCCUCUAUUGUUUGACCUCUCCUAGGAAAGAAGCCGAACUUGUUGAGCUCAUAUUAAGAUAAAACAUGCCUUUGUUGUGGCAACUAAAAAACGCUAGAAAAGUGCAUGAUAAAGUUGGCAAAGGUGUUGGUCACUAUGAUGAAAUCAGUUUCUUGGUUCCUGUUGGGAGUUUCUUUUCGUGGGAGCUACCUACAUUAAACCAUGCAUCAUGUAAGUUGAAGCAGUUAAAAUUUAUAUGCAGCCUUCUAAUCUUGUUUUCAUGCAGGGUAACUGAUUGACCUUUAGUACUUUUAGUGAGUGGCAGUAGGUUGAUGCUUGUUUUACGUUUUGUUCUUGAUUAAUGCACUUUGAUUAUGCCUUAUGUUUGACAUCAGUUUAUGUCCUUUAGAGUUUUCUUUAGUUUCUUGAAUGUGGCUGCAUGAUUUCAGGGUUCACAGUAACAAAUGCUUUUUACUUGGAUUAGGUUUUCCAAAGAUCCUAUUGGAAGUUACUUGGAAAUUAAUAAUGCUUUUUCAUUAUUUCUGUGGUUUACAGUUUUUGUUUACUAUCAUGGAGAUGGUACGAAAAGCUCAACCAAGCCAAUCAGCAAAUUUAUAUUCACCAUGUUUAUUUGAUGAGUGUAGUAAAAAAAAACAAACAAUGAUCCUUUAGGCAAUACUAGCUUGCACCGAUUAAACAGAGCUAUCAAUAAUCAGAGAGUUCAGUACAUUGUGGAGCAGGUACAACAAAAUAUGGUCCACAUAGUUUAACACUGUUUCUGUUUUUCACUAAAUGUCCCGAAUCUUGAGUAGUUAGAUUAUUAAUUGUGCAUUCUCAGUUUAGAGUACCACAGCACUUUGCUAGUGUUACUAAUAAAUUUCAUUUAUGAUUUGGUGGAAAACAUUAUUGAUUAUCUACGUGUCCAGGUCUUAGGUUCUUUGAAGAUUUCUCGUAUCUUCGUAAUCGCAUCUUGUCAUGUCUACAUCGUGCGUGUCUAUCUCAGAAGGGCUUCCAAGAGAAAAAUCUCAGAAGACACGUUAAAAGCAUGUUCUUAUUAUUAGGUUUUAACAUAAAUGAAUGAUCUACUUCUGUUGUUAUAAAUAGAGCUAAGCUCACUUCAUAUUUCAUCAGACUCAAAACCAGAAGCGCGUUCUUUGUUUCAGCCGAAUUCAUCUGAAAUAUGGCAACCAAGAUUUCUCUCGCGUUCCUCACUGCUCUUUUGUUUUUUGCAAUUGUGAACCUGUCACAGACGGCAUUCGCUAAAUGGAAUAUAACCAAAAUCUCGUCAUUCAGCGGACUCAGUGGAGCAGAAAUGUGUAGAUCCGGGGACACGUACAAUUCCGUUGAUUGUGGUCCAACAAAUGAAUGCAAAUGUUGUAAUGAGUGGUGCGAAGAUAAAUGCAGCGGAAUGAGUAGUUCAGUGGUUAAAUAAAAGUGCACAAAGUUUAUAAACUCAGAAGGCUAUCCUACUACAAACUGUGAGUGUUGCUGCACUCCACCCGGUCAAAUAUGCAAACCCGGAGACAUCCACAAUGUCUAUUUAUGCGGUCCAACACGUGAAUGCAAAUGUUGUAUUGAUUUGUGUGAAGAUAAAUGUAGGGGAAUGGGUAGUGGUACUUCAGUGGAUUCUCAAGAGUGCACAAAGUUUAUAAACUCGGAAAGUUAUCCUACUACAACAUGCGAUUGCUGCUGCAAAGGUUAUGCCGCCACCAUCCCCACCAUCUCCACCCUUAAGUUGUCCAGCAGAGAUGGAAGUUCAAGUAUCACCGGGUGAGGUACCCUGCAAGUAACACAACAUAUGCUGCUUUCAAGGGAUGUUACUAGUUCAUUACCAACAUCAGUUUGCUGCUUUCAAGGGAUGCAAUAUCAUUGCAGCUCAUUUUGUACGUUUUAGUUUCUGUAGCCUUGAUGCUUGUUUUAGCCGUAUUGUAUUGUUCUUAUGCUGGUUCAUAUCUGAAUGAAAACUGCCGUAUCGUCCUUGUUUU